AGGCGGCCGGCGGCGGGGCGGAGCGCAGCGCGGGGCCGAGCGCAGCGGCAGCGGCAGCGACAGGCCGCGGCCGCGGGGGCAAGGCGGAGGGCGAGGAGACGCGGCCUGGGGGCGAAGCUGUCGCCUUCUCAGAGCGACAGCCCCUCGCCGGGCGUCUAUCCGCCCGGCCCUGGUCCCGGCGAGGCGGUGGCCCACGUCAGGGAGGCGGCGGACAGGGACCCGCUGGCCGCCGACCUGCGCUGCAGCCUCUUCGCCGCCGCGCUGAGGAGCUACAAGCGCGACUCGGUGCUCAGGCCCUUCCCGGCUCGCUACGCCAGCGGCGACACCAAGGACUUCGCGGGGCUGCUUGCAGAUACCAACGCUCUCCCAAGCUUGAAAGAACUGGAGUCUGUUCCAAACACAGAGAAAAGGACCUGGGAUUUGUUUAGUUGGAUUUUAUCAUCGAAGGUCUUCGUGAUACAAAGUGCUAAGAAACAAGAGUACAAGAAGAUCCAGGAACUCACAGGGCUGUCUGGGGCUGCGGUUCCUGCUCCAGACUACCUCUUUGAGAUCGUGUAUUGCGAUGAGAUGAAUACCAAGUUUGCUGAGACCAAGGGGGAGAGGGACCUCAUCUAUGCCUUCCAUGGGAGCCGCCUGGAGAACUUCCAUUCCAUACUUCACAAUGGCCUACACUGCCAUUUGAACAGGACAUCCCUGUUUGGUGAAGGUACCUAUCUUACCAGUGACCUGAGCCUGGCUCUCCUUUAUAGUCCUUAUGGCCUUGGCUGGCAGAGAAGUGCACUGGGCUCUGUCCUGAGCUGUGUAGCUGUUUGCGAGAUCAUCGACCACCCAGAUGUAAAGUACCAGGUGAAAAAGAAAGACUCAGAAGAAAUAGACAGAAAAAGAGCGAGAGUAAGAAACAGCGAAGGGGGUGAUGUACCACAGAAGUACUUUGUUGUCACAAACAAUCAGCUUUUAAGAGUUAAAUACUUGCUGGUGUAUUCCCAGAAACAGCAUAGGAGGCCUUCCAGUCAACCCUCCUGGUUUUCCACCCACCGUUUUGCCAUCAUGAUGCUGCUGUACCUGCUGCUGCUGAUAAUGAUAGGGGCCAGCAACUCGCCAACCGUCAUCUACUACUGGCACAGAAUGUUUGACUCGGAGAGAUGAGCUGCCCAGUUUCAUCAGCUCUUCACCACGUGCCUUAAUAACAGCCACUUUGCAAUGCACUGCAUCUCCUCCAGAGCUCUGGAAAUAAAGGUGCCUGGAGCUUUCCAGUUCUGUCACCAAUAUAUUCUCCUCGUGGCAUCUUUCCAUUUAUUCUUAUUCCGGUAUUCCUGUGAUUCUUGAGUGAGGAUGCCCAGAUGAGAAGGAUCACAAUGGUGCAGCUUAGCAUGAGCCAGUUGUAAAGGGUCCAUGGGAGAAAGUCAUUUAAGAUGAAUGAAAACUGAGCAUGGAAGCACUCAGGUGCAACUAUUUUCUGUCCAACUGAGGUAUGUUUGCAAAAGUUGCAAAAGAAGAUUUUUCUUUACAUCAGGCAAGCAACCUGUAGGGAGUCUGAGCAGUUUGAUUUCAGAAGCUAAACUCAGUGAUGUUUAUCAUGUACCAGUGCAGAUGGGAUCACUUUUAGAACUAACUUUGACUUUGGCCAGGAAUUUUUAUAUUUGAGCAUAAUGAUUGUAGGAAAAUAACAAGAAGUAAAGCAAUAAACAAAACACAAGAAGUUAAA